AUGAGCUCAGGCAAUGCAUCAAAUGUUCCCGGUAUUAUUACUUGCAAAGCAGCUGUAGCAUGGAAAGCGAAAAAGCCGUUGACGAUAGAACAAAUCGAAGUGAUGCCACCCCAGAAAGGAGAAGUUCGAAUAAAAAAUUUGUUUUCUGCUUUGUGUCAUACAGAUGCCUACACACUAGAUGGUUUGGAUCCUGAAGGCAUAUUUCCCGUGAUUUUGGGUCAUGAGGCCACUGGCAUUGUGGAAUCCGUUGGAGAAGGUGUUAAAUCAGUAAAACCUGGUGAUUAUGUUAUUCCACUGUAUAUUCCUCAAUGUUAUCAAUGUGAAUACUGCAAAAAUCCCAAAACAAAUCUUUGUCAAGCAAUACGUGUCACACAAGGCCAAGGGACAAUGCCUGAUAAAACAGUGCGAUAUAAAUGCCAGGGAAAAGAUGUUUAUCAUUUCAUGGGUUGCUCAUCAUUUAGUGAAUAUAGUGUCGUUUGUGAAAUUUCAUUAUGCAAGAUUGAAUCAAGUGCACCACUGGAUAAAGUUUGUUUACUAGGAUGUGGGAUUAGCACUGGUUAUGGUGCUGUAAUUAAUACAGCAAAAGUAGAAGCGGGAUCUACUGUGGCUGUUUUUGGACUGGGUGCUGUUGGACUCGCAGUGAUUAUGGGUGCUAAACAAGUUGGGGCCAAACGAAUACUUGCAGUUGAUAUGAACUCGGAUAAAUUUGAAUUAGGUAAGUUGUAUGAAGAAGUAAUUAUGACGUAUGCAAGCAACAUCUUAGUCAUUUUUCUUCUAGCGAAGCAAUUUGGUGCAACAGAUGUUCUUAAUCCAAAGGAUCUCAAAGAUAAAGUUCCAGCACAGCAGUAUCUUGUUGAAAAUUUUGAUGGUGGUUUUGAUUAUACCUUUGAAUGUGUUGGUAAUGUUGAAGUUAUGAGAACAGCACUCGAAUGUGCUCAUAAAGGUUGGGGUGUGUCAGUUAUUGUUGGAGUUGCUGGUGCAGGCCAAGAAAUUAAAACUCGUCCAUUUCAAUUGGUAACUGGUCGUACAUGGAAAGGAACUGCUUUUGGGGGAUGGAAGAGUCGUGACUCUGUACCGAAACUUGUUCAACAAGUGAUUGAUGGUAGUCUGAAAUUAGAUGGAUUUAUUUCACAUAAAUUUCCAUUUGAACAGAUCAAUGAAGCAUUCGAAUUACUACAUGCUGGAAAAGCACUUCGUAUUAUUCUCACAAAUUCUACGGACGCUUCAAUUAGUUCAUAA